CCCUGAAUAGAUGAUUUCGUUUCAUUUCCAGUUUGCUUUCACUCAACUUCAACUGUGUUGAUAAUAAGUGGCUGGUAAUACUCAUAAGUUUCCCAUUAAAGUGGUUAAAAAAGUGUUUCCAAUUAAAGUGAUUAUAAUUGAAGUUGUCAUAUUAACCAGGAAAGUCGUGUUUCUCAAUAGUUAAGACAGAUGAUUACCCACUGAAUAAUUUCGAUCACUUGACUCGGUCCAACUGCCAAAGAUAAGUCAGUGAAUCUAAAAUGGCUUGGACUAAUGUUCAUUGGGUGCCUUUGGCUGCCUCAAUACUUUUACCAGCGACUUUCAUCACAACGUAUUUUUUAUCAGUUACUGAUGGCAAUAUAAGUCCAGAAUUUCCAUAUAUAAGUGACACGGGAACAACAAGUCCAGAAUCAUGUGUAUUUGCCCAAUUGCUAAACAUUGUGGCCGUUUUAUAUCUAUUCACAACUUAUUUCAGGUAUAAGCAAGUUUAUCAUUAUUAUAAGGACAAUCGUAUUCAUGGUCAAAGAUUACUUUUAUCCAUCAAUAAAAUAUCUUUCCUUAUUGGGAUAUUGGCCUGUUUGGGAAUGUCAAUGGUGGCCAAUUUUCAAGAAACCAAUCUCAUUCGAGUUCAUCUUACUGGUGCAUUAAUGUGUUUUUGCUCUGGUGGAAUCUAUUGCUGGUUACAAACUUGGAUAACUUUUAAAUCUUAUCCGCAUCUCAAUGAAAAACCAAUUUGUUACAUUAGAUUUUUUCUGUCAACCACUUUAACAAUUACUUUUAUCAUAACCUUUUUCCUUGGUCCAGAAGCAAUGAGACGCUUCAAUGGUACCAACCCUCGUAAAUGGACCAGAGAUGAGGAUGGCUAUUACUUGCAUCUAAUUGCUUCUCUCUGUGAAUGGGUAACAGCCAUUUGUAUCGAUUGUUUCAUUGGUACAUUCGUAUUUGACAUGAAACGACUUGUAAUGAUUAGCCCCAAAGUACUCUUCACAACCGACAACAUCAGUAUUACCUCAAUUAAAAUAACUGCAUAAAUCACAUUCAAAAA